AGGAAGUCCUUUUGACAAACCCACUCUCAUCCAUCGGACCACAACUUCUCAGAUCAUGUGCCAUGGCUUGCCUCCAACCCUUUUGUCCAUGCUUCCCUCUUCCAUAACCAUAACCUUUCCCUCUCUAUAGCCCCAUUAGCCAACCCCCCCUUUUCUUUCCUCCUCCUUUUCCCAAACACUUCAAUCCACCCUUUCUUCUCUUGUUUAAUCAUGGAGAAGAACGAAAGGGAGACUCACGACUUCAUGAACGUAGAAUCCUUCUCUCAGCUUCCCUUUAUCCGCCCUGCCCCCAGCAAAGAAAAGGGCAUCCGUUUGUUCGGCAAGGAAUUCGGUGGUGUUGACCCAGCUACGCCCAGCAACGAGUCCGACUCAGUCGAGAACAACGAAGAUACCACCAAGGAGAACGAGAACAAUGGUGAUAACAGCAGAAGGUUUGAGUGCCAUUAUUGUUGCAGAAACUUCCCCACCUCCCAAGCUUUAGGUGGUCACCAAAACGCUCACAAAAGGGAACGCCAACAUGCGAAACGAGCUCAUCUUCAGUCAGCAAUGGUGCACACCUCUUUAUCUGAUGCUCAUAUUUACGGACUUGUUAACUACAGGCUAGGCUCAGCUCCAACACCACCAAUCACUUACCCUUCAUGGAACUCUAGCUUUACCGGUAGUACCAGUAGGUUUUAUGGGAACCAUACCUCCUUUUCUCAUCACCCACCCAUCAAUGGCAGCCCACUGGGGUUAUGGAGAAUUCCUUCUACCCUUCAAAAUAACUCUUCUAAUUUCAAUCCUGACCGUUCCUCAUCAUCCUCAUCCUCACAUCCCUUGCCUUUGUUUGCCGGCGAUGAGUUGAAGCCGCCCUCUCAGGUUGUUGCUGGCGGUGGUGGUUCAAGCUCCCAGGGUCGGUACGUUUAUGAAUCCAAGCCAAGAUUGCAAGACCAUGUGAGUUUGGAUCUACAUCUGUAAUAACUUUUGAUUUAAUUUUAAAAGAGAAACAAAAUCAAAAUCUUUGCUAUGCAAGAUGAGGCAAUUAUAUUAUAUAUAUAAUAAUUCCUAGCACACAAAUCUUUUAACAUCUUGGAUUUUCUUCCUUAUUAUAUAGUAUGAUGUAAAUAAAAUGUUUUACGAAUUCCCCAGUA